AUGGCGGCGAAUGCUGUGCCUACCGCACAUAUGGAAAAUGGCAUCUACGGCACAAAAAGUCCUGCGCAAGCUGCGCAUCCAUAUACCCAUUCACAAACUCCGAUACCGUUGCCGACCUACGUAGCGCCCCAGAGGCAAGCACCCAGUGCUUCGCCAGCACAAUCGAGUCCUUUAAUCCCCUCUCAACAGCAUCACUCACCACCCGUGCAGCCAGGUACAUUGUAUCAGGGACAUUCACAGCCACCCGCAAUGCAGAAUGGAAAUGUUGCACCAACUCCUUUGCGAGGGCACCUGUCACCAUCAGCACAAGGCAAUCCGCAGCAGACUCAAUCCGUGGGUACUUACCAGGCCUUGGUUGCUUUGAUUGACAGGGCACCUGCGUCAGUCGUUCGACAUGUCAUUCGUGACAAAUGGGAAAAGUCCCUUUUGGGUUCACAGUAUCACAUUGCUUUUUUGCUGAAUGCGACUAUGCACCAAGCAUCUCCCGAGACCGUUGGCAAUGCUGUCAAGGAGUUUGGGGCUAAUCUUGUCCAAAACGCAAAGCACGAGCUCGUGGGCCAUCUCAGCUCUACUGAUAUUGACGAGCUGGCGGACUCGAUCAUUUCUCGUGCCAGUCCAGAUUUCCUAGAUAGGGUUCUUGCCAGGCGCCUUGAGACAGUAUCGGCACGGCAGCUUGUUAACGCCUUGGCACGCGCUGAGCGUCUAGGCUACAAUGUCCGGGACAUUGUUCGGGAGCAUGAUGAACAAGUUAUUCCAUCUAUGCACUCGGUACUCACGUCAUCUACGAUACCUCCCGGAAAUGACACAAUGCGUAUGAAGCAUUACCAGCCUCAACCUAUUCCUUCACAGCAGCUGCAACAACCUCAGCCUCAGCCAUUCGCUCGGGCACCACCGCCAAAGGUUUCGUCGCUCGACGACCUUCCUAUGGGUCCGCCAGAAAUCGUGUGGUGCAAUUGUGGUUGGCCGUGUGCCUCCGAAACGGCCCUUAACUACCAUAAGAAGAAGAACGCUUGCUACAAGGUUCAUCCGACCGACCAGCCUGGAAGAGACAUAUGCGUCCUUUGUGGCUGCAGGUUCGGCAGUAAUGGCGGGAUACUGUAUCACGAGAAGUCUGAGGUCUGCGGACCGCGUACUGCAGAUACUUGCCAGAAGAUGAUCGAUCUAAUUGAGCACUUUCGCACACAUGGAAGGAGUGCACAUUACCGUGCUGCUCAUUCAUUGAUGACUCCCCGGGGUCGAGAAAAAGCACCGUCAAGGGAGCAUCAUGCAGCUUUGGCCACGCCGACGUCAUCCCAGCCAUCAAGCACUCAACGCGAUCCGUAUGCGCAUCUUACCCCCGAUAAGUACAGAGAAUUCAACGCAAUCAUGAAGACUGCCGAAGAGAAAUACGGGGGCCUCAUGAGAGAGGCCGCGCUUCUCGACGAGCCGGAGAGAUCAAAGCGUCUGGCGGGCCUGAAGAAUUCUUACAACACAAAACAAAGCACGACCCGCAAGAAGUUCGGCAUUCGUCUCCGCGAGAGACGCACUCGAGAGGAGAUUGAGGCCGAGGAGAAUAGACUUUUCAACAGUCAAGGCGGUGCAGGAACGCCGACAAAUGGAACUCCUGUUCCUGAUCACGAAUCUCGUCCAAAUAAGAGGCCCCGGACAGAUGAUAUGGAAGCAUCAGCAAGUGGAGUGAAUGGCAACCUCGAACCUCCACAGAAGAGAGUCUCCAGGGCAGAGAUGGGUGGUGGUUUAUCUGGAUCACAAGCGACUGCGGAGCUUACUGAUCCCACAGCGCAUCUGAAUCCACCUCAGCCACGGUACACACCCCAGAAGCCGUCCGCCACCAGACCAGCUUGGUCUUCAAAGCGGAUUGGAGUACACGUGGGGACUCAGGAGGAUCCCAUGUCAAUUGACGAGGACGACUCUGAUACGGACAGCGAUAGUGACAGUGACAGCGACGAUGGCGACAUUCCGGCCACUCUCAACUAA